AUGGGCAAUAUUUGUCGAUAAAAUCCAAUUAUUGAUAAAGAAAACAAUGAAGUCAAUACGUCCCAACCCCCAGCUGUUCAAUAGGUAGUGGCCCCAAAACCAGAAGAGGUGAAGACUGAUGUCCCUCAGAUGCAAGUUUAACAAGAGAAGUAAGAAGAAUAGAACAUACAAAAUGAUUAACCGAAGCAAGAAAAUGAACCCAAAAGAAAAGAGUAAAAAAAGAUGGCUAAAAUUGCUGCUGUUAUUGAUUAGGAGGUCAUAUACGAAAAUGUAUAAAAGUAAGAAAAAAUCAAAAGUCCCUUCGAUUAUCAAUUAUUAUUGAAUGCUUUUAGUAACAGUUUUAUUUUUGGUUAAUUGCAACCUGAGGACAAAGUUAAAGUUAUUGAAACUAUGUUUUACUGCACAGUCCAUGAUGGUUAAAUGGUUUUUAAGUAAGGUGACAAAGCAAGUUCUUACUUUUUGAUCGAGAGAGGCCAAUGUCAAAUCAUCAUCAAUAAUGAAGUUAAGAAAACACUUAAAUCAGGCGAAGCUUUUGGAGAAUUGGCUUUACUUUACAAUGCUCCAAGAUCAGCAUCUGUCAAGGCUGUAGGAGACUGUGCAUUCUGGGCUAUUGAUAGAAAUACUGUAAGAAAGGCUAUUGAAUCAAUAUAGUAAAGAGAUUAUGAGCAGAAUAAAGAAUUCAUAAAUAAAGUGUAGUUUUUUGAAUCUUUAACCGAUGACUAAAAAGCAGCAAUACCAUCUGCUCUGAUUAAUCUCAACUUUAAAGCAGGCGAAAUUAUUGUUAAUGAGGGGGAUUAAGCAGACUCUUUCUUCAUUAUAAAAAAAGGAGAAAUCUAGAUAUCCAGAGGAGGCAAGGAACUACGAAUAAUGAAGGCUGGAGACUCCUUAGGAGAACAAGCACUUCAGUCAAAUUCUGUAAGAGGAGCUACUGCUAAAGCCAUUAAAGAAGAUGUGGUAGUUUUAGCAUUAGCAAGGGAUGAUCUGACAAGAAUCCUAGGAGACAAGAUUUAAUUCAUCAUGUAUAGCAAUCUAGAGAGAUGGGCAUUUGAAAGACAUCCUAUACUUAAUAAAUUAACUAAAUUGUAAGUUGAAAGAAUUGUUAGCAAUAUGUAAUAAGUUUAAAAGAAGGCAGAGGAAUCUAUCAUUGAAAAAGGGUAGUCUUGCAGAGAAAUUAUUAUUGUAUUAUAAGGGUCUGUAAAAUAUGGUAAAGAAGUUUUUGAGAAGGGAUAAAUGUUUGGUGAUAAAUUCUUGGAUUAAGGAGAGAAUGUUAAAUUGGGAGAACCUGUUGUAAUGAAGGAUGAUGGAAUAAUUGCUGUUAUUACUUUUAAACAAUUCUUUGAGAUUAUUGGAGGUUCUUUAGAGUAGAUCUUUGCUAAAAAUGAAAAAGCUCAUGAUAGAUUUAUUAAGAAAGAAGAUGGGCAAAAAUAAGAUGUUUAUAAGCACUUUGAAUUAGAUUAAUUGAUAUCUGUUAAGAAAUUGGGUUAAGGAUAAUUUGGUAAUGUCUAUUUAGUUUACAAUAAAUUGGAUAAAAAGACAUAUGCUCUUAAGUGCAUUUCAAAAGCUUAAAUAAUUGAAUAGAAUCUGGAAAAACAUUUAGCUUAAGAAAAGAUUGCUUUGGAAACUGUAAAUUUCCCUUUGAUUAUGCAUUUUGCGAGGAGCUUUAAAGACAACACAUAUAUUUAUUUCUUAGAAGAAUAUAUUAGAGGAAUGGAAUUAUUUGAUGUUAUUAGAGAUAUUGGAUUGCUUAAUACAUAUGACUCUCAAUUCUAUGUUGGAUCAUUGAUAUUAUGCAUGGAAUAUUUGCAUCUCAAUAAUAUUAUUUACAGAGACAUUAAACCUGAGAAUAUCAUGAUAGAUGAAAAAGGAUUUAUGAAACUAAUUGAUUUGGGUACUGCCAAAAAUCUAAAAAGCAAAAAUGGUAGAACUUAUACUAUUAUUGGUACUCCGCAUUAUAUGGCUCCUGAGAUUUUAACAGGAAAAGGAUACACAUACUCAGUAGAUUUAUGGUCUAUUGGCAUAUGUCUCUAUGAGUUUAUGUGUGGUAAUGUACCUUAUGCUGAAGAUGCAGAUGACCCCUAUGAAAUUUACGAAGAAAUUCAAAAGAAAUCCCUGGCUUUCCCUUCAGUAUUAAAAGACAGAAAAGCGAAGAAACUGAUAGAAUAAUUAUUAAGCAAGACUCCUGAGUUGAGACUUGGUUCAUCAUAUGCAAGUCUAAAAAAUAAUUCCUUUUUUGAAAGAUUUGAUUAUGAUAGUUUGAUAAAUAGAGAACUCAAACCUCCCUAUUUGCCUCCUAAAAAUAAAUUACAUAGUGACAAGGAUAUAUAGAAAGCAAUAUAAGUUGGAAAGUUGAUCUCUGAAGAAAUAAAAAAUGAUCCUGCUACUGCGUCAAAUGUAUAUAGGCCAGAAAAAGCACGUGAUCCAAAUUGGGAUAAGGAGUAUUGAUUUUCGAAUUAUCUUUUAAAUAAUAAUUUAUAAACUUAAAUA